AUGAUCGCAGAAUUAUGCCGGGACCUCUUCACCAGAGGAGCCGCGUCGUGAUGAUUGUCCGCGGGCAGAGCUGCAGCCCAGUGACGCUUGACAUUUCUUCCAUCCAGUAGCCGAUUUUUCAGCGCAGCGUGAAACUGGAGCUUUGGCACAAAGCGUCACACACACACACACACCGUCACACACACACUGUCACACACUCACAGAGGCUGCCUCUGUUUGCUCCGACACAUUCCUCCGAGGCUUCUCCAUCCUUCCAUCUGGGGACUUGAAACUUGAGGGACUUUACCGUCGCAACCAGAGAACAAAAGACGGACGGCCGGACGGAGAGUGUGAGCGCGGUGAAUGUAGCGGCGGGCAGGCUGUCUGUCUGCGGGGCGCACAGCGGUGCUGCUGGACCAGCCGAGGACGCACCAAGUCCCGUUCACACAUGUCGUUUUACCCCCUCGGUGUCACGAAGACGGCAACAAUGAUUCUCCCCUGGACUGUGCUGCUUCUUUUCUUCUCAGAUGCGUUGCCAUCCUCAGCAUCCAUCUUCCCCUUGCUUCCCUCCUCCACUGACUGUGUUGAAGCUCAUCGGGUGUGCUCAGCCGACCCCCAGUGCGAGGCGUUGUACCGAGGCUUGGAGUUGUGUGCGGCUGAUGCGGCCGUGUCCCUGCUAGGGGAGCAGGUGGCAGCUGAGUGCCUGGAGAGACAGGAUGCUUUGCUGGCUAAGCACCCUGCUCUGCUGGCCUGCAAGUGCCACCGCGGCCUUCGCAAGGAGGAGCAGUGCCUGCGCAUAUACUGGAGGGUUCGCCUGCUGCCAGGGGAGGAUGAACUGGAAAUAUCCCCCUAUGAUGACACACUAAUGGAUACUCGCAUGGCCUCCUUAGUGGCAGCCUCAUCCUUCAUGCAACUGGACGGUGAGAAUCAGUGCCUCAAGGCAGCACAGGACUGCGGCUUGUACGAGAAGUGUGGUUCCCUGCGGUCAGAGUACGUCCUGGCCUGCACCAAGCGGCUUCCCGGAACUAACCGGUGCAACCAGCACAAGUGCCACCGGGCUCUCCGGCGCUUCCUAGAGCGGGUCCCUGAGGAGUACAGCCUGGGUGUCCUGUUCUGCCCCUGCACGAACACCCUGUGUGGUGAGAGGAGGAGGAAAACCAUCGUACCCUCCUGCUCCUACGAGAACACAGAGGGACUGCAAUUUAACUGCCUCCACCAGCAGAGUUUCUGUCGCCGAGACGACCUCUGCAGGUCCAGACUGGCUGAUUUCCUUAAUAACUGCCAGCCAUCUCCUCUGACGGCCAGCGGCUGUUUGAAAGACUCAGCAGGCCUCUGCCUCCGAGCCUACGCUGGACUCAUUGGCACCAUCAUGACGCCCAACUAUAUCAGCAACAGUUCUGCUGAUGUGUCGCUGUCAUGCAACUGUGAAGGCAGCGCCAACCAGUGGCAGGACUGUCUGAGACUGCAGCGCAUGUUCACCCACAACACCUGCCUGCGUAACUCUAUCAGUUGGAUGGGGAACCCUGGCUCCCUGCCUGCAGACAUCACGCCCCCUCCUGCUCCCAGACCCUCCCCGUUGGUUCAGGAGGAUGAGCUGCUGAGCAACAACCACCUGCCUGAACACAACAACAUUGUGGUGGAGAGCGAGGAAGAGGAGGAACUGACACAUACAGAGGAGGAGACUGAUGAAGGUGACCAGUUUGACAUCAUCCCGUUGUACUCAGAGAGAGCCACUGUCUCCAACUUGGGCUCCUCUGGGACAGGGGUGGCUGCACCCCUCAACACUGGCCCUGCUACACCCAUACUACUGCUCCUUCUGCUCCUAUUUGCCUCCCUCAACUGGGGGUAGAGCACAGGAUGUAGAGAACACACACACACAAUCACAUGCACAUGCAUACACUCACAUAUAAUGGACCCUCCAACAAUCCUGGACUGAUUGCUGUAAAAUUCUAAGAAACAUAGUGAAGAAAUGGACUUCACCUUUUGUCAGUAGCAUCUCCUCAAUUCUUCACUUCUGUCCUUCCUUCAUUUGAAAAUGGCACUUUGGUUGACAUGGUCUGACUGCAGCUGCAGUGGUGCCAUCAACCAAUGAGCAUUAUGUAGCUGUUCCCAUCAUAAAGCCAGAAAUAUUCUGUUAGUUUGAUUGGCUUGUGCAGUUGUGAGUGAGCAAACAUUGGCGAUAUUAACCAAGCAGUAUGAGCAGGAUAAAACACAGAUUCACCAGUAAUGUUGCCUUUGUUUUGAAUCAUACAGACCAUGGUUAGGUCAUGGCUAAACGCAGACUGUAAUAUUCCCACUCAGGAGGCUGUUACUGUUUGAAACAACCUAGAUGGCAAAGAAUUGUAAUGUGUGCAGGAGUCUGAUGACUGCUGGGAUGGUGUGUGUACACUGUGUUGGAGGUUUGAUAUCAUCUCCAGUGUUAUCCCUAGAUUGACUUUCUAUGUUGUGCUGGGGUGGGGGGGUGUCGAACAGCUUGUUAAUCAUUAUUAACAAUGAAUAAUAAUGAUAAGCAGCAGGAGAGCUGCUACACCUCUGGCCAGGACUACCUUCCCUGCUAUUAGCAUCCUCGCCACUGUUGGCAGAUUGUGUGCAUUGUAAAACAAUGUUGAUAUUUUAGUCUGACUUUCAUCAGGACAUCUGUCCAUCUUUGACGUUGUCAACCUGCCCCCGCUCUGUGUGCGUGUGUGUGUGCGUGUGUGUGUGUGUGUGUGUGGAGAGAAACAUGACAGUAAAUAGCAGUAAAACACAGCAGAGACUCUCACACUGACCUGAAAAUAAACCAGUACAUAUAAAUAAGGUCAAUAAUAUGAACAGGAUAUUGUGUUUUCAUAUUUUUUUGAUUUCUAUUCCAUUAUCUAUAAGGCUUAUCCAAAAGGGUCACGCGGGGUGGCUGGAGCCAAUCCACUGCACCACCGGUGGAGGGUCAUGUAGGGAGUAAUUGGCCUACGUCUUUGCCUUGCUUGGAUUACUGCCCUAAGCAACCAGAUGUGACACCUGAAUUACACCUGCCUUUAAAGAGGCAGAGAAAUUUUCCACCAAAAACAUACAUGUACUUUCCCUCACUAUUUGGUACACACAACAAAAUAUUGUUUCUCCUUGCAGAUCUCCUCCCUUGUUUUUGCAUAAAACUCCCACUUUUCACUCAACGCCCUCAUAAAUGCCUAUGAAUGUGUGGGAAAAGUGCGACUUCACUCCGGCUGUGGGCAGAAUGUUUUCAGGUGCACGUUACAAUGAAAUGAAAGCAGGCACAACGUGUUAAUACAUCUGCCACUCAGACUCUCCUCUUCUCCCAGAAUCUAUAAUCUAGAUGCAUAUAUUUCUAAUGAAUUACAUUCUUUAUAGUUCUUUUAUUAUUCAGACCUAUAGAUCAACUAUUUUGAAUUUGAUGGUGACUCUGAAAAACAAAAUCUAAAACUUGGGAGUAAUACACCUGAAUCUAUUGUUUGUGUGUCAAUGAACCGCAAAGCUGCAGUGUACAAUCAUUAAUCAGAGUUUCUAAUUAACGGAUAUGAGUCAGUCUGAUUAAAGGAUUUAGUGAAGGAUAGCCUUGUGUAUCCUUGCACAUGGCUCCUCAGAGAUCCCUCCUCUCUCCUCAGUCCUUGCUCUUCAGUCCUAACUCCUCAGAGCAGAAGUAAUAGGUUUUUUAUUGAUGGCCUAUGGAAUGGAGGACUGGAAUGACUGUCUACUGUAUGUUAGCAGUAUAAUUAUAUUACUGGUUGCUAGGCUACAAGUUUAAUGUUGAAUGUGCAAACAAGUAUAGCAUAACGUAUGAGGCUAAGAAAUGUUGCAGAUGUUUUGCAUGCUAGCAAACAUUGCUAGUUAGGCUGGCUGACCAGAUUGUCCCUAUCUUGGCUGAGGACAAACAUGAGUUUUAUGAUGUAGACUGUUGGCUGCUCCAAAAUCAACCAAUGGCUACAUGUUAGGAAAGGAACACAGUAAAAAUAAUGGAACAUCCCAAACUCUGCAAACUUGGGAGAAGAAAAACCAAUGGCAGCCACACUGCAUCCACAUCUAUACUCCACACUCCAUUUAAAGGAGUGUUGAGCAUGAUGAGACGUAAUCUGAGCGGCGCAAGCUGGGUGCUCCUGUGCUUGGACAUAAAUCCCCCCCAAACACUACAGCCUACUGCUGCAGUCAGACCUUGUGUUUUUGUUAAAGAAAACUAAUUAUUUAUUAUCAUUGAUGGAUGAUGAUUUGUAUCACUGGUUGCGACUUACCUCUAUAUGGGUCAUCCAACAACAACAGGGAGUGGAAGCUGAUUUACGAUGCAUCAGUCAAACUUUAUCGUGGUGAUGAAUGGAGUGAUUCUCUUUUCCCUGCCGUUGUCCCUAUUCUACAGCCAUGGUGAAUGACAAAUUACACACUUGUCUCUUAUUGUUUAAUGAACAUCAAGUGCCAAGUGUGUGAUGUGUGUGUUUGUGCAUACUGGUACAGGGAUCAGGCAGAGAGAUUGCAAAGAAAAUUGGGUAAAGCUUUUUGUUAUAAUUUAAGUCUUGCACUUCGUCGUUCUCACCCACGUCAGCACAGCACACAUAAUGUAUAGCCGUCUGCGCACACACGCACGCACACACACACACACACGUACAUUCGCACACAUACCGCCUGCCAUGUAUUGAGCCGAUGCAGCUCUUUCUUGCUUUAUUGCUCUAUCCCUGUCCCUAUCUCCCUCCCCGGUGACUCAGGACUGGGACCUAAGCUGCCACAGGCACCGAUAUGAAUAAAGCCGUCAUAAUAAAAACAACACACCAGAAACAAUAUGAGCUUGAAAACGGCAGAACAAAUCAAAUAGCUCCCCAGCAGGCAAAAAACACACGCUACUUCUGACAUCGACAGAGAGACAAAAUGAAGAGAGUUAGAGAACGAGUGGGAGAGAGAAAUGUAUGGAGGAGAAAUUAAGAAAAAAAAAAUAGAGCCAAGUCCCCGUGUGGUCUUUGUGUGUUUGAUGUUUUACUUGUUUAUAGUUGGGGGGCUGAUAAUCAGUCCCUGACAACAUCUCUUUAUCAUCUGACAAGCUCCAGGGGGGUGGGGAGUGGGGGGUGGGGGGUGGUUAGGAGAGGUGGGGGGGUAUCAGGCAGUGAUAGAAAUAGUGCAGUAUAGCGAGAACAGAAGGGACCCUAGAGCACAAACAUAGCAGAGAGAAUCGCCGGCUCUUGAUUUUCUAUGUCUUAUAAAUCUUUUGCUGACACAAUUUUUUUUUCUCAUUUCUUUCCUAUUUCUGGGGAAUGUGUAAAAUUGACUUCCAUCUGCAGGGGCGCCAGUGAUGGUGGAGGGCAAGGAGACAGAGGAGCGACUGAGGAGAGGAAGAGGAGAGAGGGGAGAGAGAAGGGGAGACAGAGGAAAGCAUCAAAGAAAAGAGGAUGAAAGACGGGAGGACGAAGGAAAGAGGAAUUAAUAAGAAAAUGCAGACAACAGGCAGAAAAGAAGCAGAAACAAAAUACUGGAGGAGGAAACAAAGUGAAGAGGAAAGAAAAAGGAGGGAUUAGGUAAAGAGAGAGAAAGCAGAAGAGGAGAAGAGAAACAGGGACAGGAAAGAGCAGUGAGGAGGAAGGGGGGGGGGGGGGGGGGGGGGUGGAAGGAAAGCAACAAGAGCAAGAGCGAAGAAGAGGAAGAAAGUAAAGAAGAGGAUGAGACAAGAGAAGAAGUGAGAUGAGAGGAAAGGACGAGCAGAUAGUAGUGGAAACAGGAGAAAAUGUUGAAAACUGAGGAAAGACGAAAGACAAGGAGGAGCAGAGAGAGGAGAGGAGAGGAGGGAGAGAAGGACAAGCAGGAUAAAACAUACAGACGAAAAGAACAAGGAGCAGAGGCAGACAGGAGGAGGAGGUCUGCUUUGUGAAUCCACUGAGGAAGCAGACUACAAAAGAAAUGGAAGGAUGAGGAGAGAGAGAGGUGACAGGUCUGCAGUGUACUUUAACCUCCCUUUCUCUUUCCUCAGGCUCUGUUGUCGCGUACAACUGCUGAGAAAUACACACACAUACAUCUCAGGGCUCUUUGUGUCUGAACACAGCACUCAGACAAAGCAUCUGUCUAUCAGUGAAACUGUGAUAAGAGACAGAGUGAAGCUCUGUCGGCUCACCUGAUCUUUAAAACUUCAGCGGGCUGAACAGUAAAUACUGACGCUCCAUGAGGACGAGUUUGCUUAAGUAUCGACUAAGAGUCAUAAACAGCAAUCAGGCACUGUAAUCUCAGAGAGGACACUGAUUACGAUGAAAGAUUCAUUCACUGUACAAACUGCAAAUAUCUCCAUGAAGUGUUUUCAUUAAGCUACACAUAGAAUCACCAGACACAGGUCAUGACAGUUUUGUAAAGGAUAAAGACACACGUUGUGCACCUUAAAUCAUCAGACUGUAGUAACCUGCUGUCAAAUUCAGACUUGAAGAAAUGUUUGUAGGAGAAAGGGUAAUUCUACAUUUGUCUUCCAAAAACUUACUCAUUCAUAAUUCAUAAUAUUGUACUGAGUGCACUCACUAAAAGACCAAAUGUGGAUGAAUUUGCUACUGAAAAUAGUCCCCAACAAAAUUUAUAGAUUUACAUCUUCAGUAUGAGAAGCAGUGGGCAGAAAGUACUGAGGGAAACAAUUUGGAGGUCCUCUCAUGGGAUGUGUUGACCAUGAGAGAGGUAACGGAAUAACACCAUCCCUAUCCUGAAACUGGAGAGAAUUCCAGAGAGAAGUUUGUUGUUGGUUGCUUUGGUUUUACCUUCUGUCCAUGCCAAGCUAGCUCCGUGGUGCUGAAGUGUGAAGACAGUGAUGAUCCUAAAACAUGUGAGGCCUAUGAUGUUGUUGAUGAUGUAAUCUUUUUAGUGUGGAGUUUGCAUGUUCUUACUAUGCCUGUGUGGGCUCUCUCCAGAUGGGUCCUCCUGCAGUGGACUGGCAAUCUGUCCAGGGUGUACCCUGUCUCUCGCCCAGCUAUCCCUUGUGACCUUGAAGGAUAAGCAGUCUAGAUAAUGGAUGAAUGGAUCUUGGUGUAGGACGAAUUCCUGACCAACCAGUCUGUUUUCCUUUGGUACCUACCCUUUUCUCUCCAUUCUGACAGCAGUAUUCAGGACUACUUCCUGCAGUACAGUGUUGUCGUAAUAGUGCAUCAGAGGAUGUAGUAACACAGUUUGUUCCUACACCGUCUUUGUACAGACAGAGGGUUUGUCAGUUUGUUGGGACACCUGCAGAAAUUGUGUGAAUCAGUUUAGUAAUAGAGUAAUAGUAUAGCUAACCAGGAAACUGAAGAUGCAGUUUUACAAAGAUAUAAUGAAAAGUGCUAAAAAAUAGCUGAAAUCGGAAUUUGUGCUGCUUGUUCAGGGUUUCGGUUUAGUUUAAUUCCUUCAAUGUAGAAGGUUGAAAAUUGCUAGUUGGACAGGAUUUUUGAAACAUGUCAGAGUACAGGCCUGGUCACACCUACACUGGAAAUGUCCAGUCCACUCACAGGGUUUAGGUAAAUCCACAAAGAUCAUUUAGUUAACAGCCAAAUUAGCUAGCUUACCACUAACAAGCAAGCUAGCUAGCUUGGACUACCUUGCACAUGACAAACCGUAUCAUGUUCCUGCCUUUUAAGCUCACCAGCCACAUCAGUUAACCAACUUGUGAUAUGAGUCAGUCAUCUUUUAACACCAUCCUUUGAGUGAGAAUAUGCAGUUAAUUUUGCUUUGGCCUGCAGUGACCAGGCCAUAAGAUUGGUAAAAAAAAAAAAAAAAAAUGCUUUUUAGGGAGUACUUUUAACAAGUUAGUUCGUGUUUGGAAAAGGUGAUAAAGUGGCUGAUGGCUGAUUAACCUAAGAUUUUAAGACACAUUAAUAUAUAGAUAAAAUGUUUACAGAGGUCAUGCCAGCAAAAGAAAAGCAGAUCAAUAUCAGGUUAUAAUGUUAUAAUAUGUUUUUCAUGUUAUAACAAGUUAUUUUCAUGUUAUCACAACAUACAAACGUAUCAUGUUAGCCUUUAUUGUUAUAAUGUGAAAAUGAUGUCAGAAUGAAAAUGGUGCGUGGAGAACAGGUAAACUGAGGAGCAGGGCUCAUUUACACGAUUCUUUGUUCUGCGUCAUGCUUGGGUUGAGACAUGGUGAGAUUCUUGUUACUGUUACUGUUACUGAGCGAGGUGGAUGACACUGUUAUAACUAUGACUACCAGGCUUUUAAAAUGCAUGGGGCUGUACAGAGGGACGAAGGAGUCUGCAGGCUGAGUCAUUUCUCACUGAUCAGCUGCAUUGACACAGACGGCUCCAUGUAAACAUGAAACUAACAUGAAACUUUUCACGUUACAACAAUAUAGGUUUUCAUAUUAAAACGUCUUACAUAUUGAGUUAUAACAUAUCACAAAAAUCUUGUUAUAACACUAAACUUUUCAGGUUAUAACGUGAAACUGAUCCGUUUUUCUUUUCCCAGCACGGCAGAAAUACGCUUCCAUAAAUAUGACCGAAAGGUUGUCAUUUCAAAUUCUAAAAAUGGCUUUGAAAACUGAGGUAUGCAUAGAGAUUGAUUAACACUCCCCCGUCCUGAAACAAAUGAAGUGAAACCUGAGAGCUAGUUCUGACAGUCAGCUUAAAUCUGCUGCUACAGUCACACAGCAUACCUUUGUCACUGCUCUCCUUCCGCUCCUCCUGUCAGGCCCUCUGCCACGCCACUCACCUGAAAGCUCUGCUGACACCUGCUACUGCUGCCGCUGCUGUUCAUGUACCAUUUCAAAAGCUCCACCCCCACCCCAGCAUCCACCUGUAGGCUGAGCCUACGGGGGCAGGUUAUAGUCAUGUCCCACUCCCUGCUCUGCUAAGUUUGAUGUUUCCUUACAGGGAUGCUACAGCAUUAUGAUCCAUCCCUCGUGGGAUGGUUGACUGAACUGAAGGUGGAUAUCAGGGCAGGUAGCUGAGCUCUGUCUGUAACAACAAGGCAAUUGUCUUUUAAAUUUGACUAAAGUGAGUUCCUCCCACUCUACCACCCCCAGUAGCAGGGGUUAAUUGAGAUCAGCAGGGAAGAGCAGGCGUGUGAUUGACGGGGGCCGGCAGGGGUCGGAGCGACGGCUCUUUACUGGGCACCAUUGUUCAUCGUAAUUGUUGUCUCAGCUGUUUGUCAUCGGGGCCGGCACCCGGUGGCAGGACGACAAGAGGGAUGGACGGAGGCAGAGAGAGAGAGACUGGAAAAAGACAGAGAGAGAGAGGGGAGGGAGUGGACACCGGUGAUUUACAUUAAUAUGUACUGAAAUAAACAAGCGGAGAAGCCAUGCGUUAAAUCAACUGAGAGAGAGAGAGAGCAAGAGAGAGAGAGAGAGAGAGAGAGAGAGAGAAAGCCUCCAGGGUGAGAGAGGAACAGAGAAGGAGGAUAUGUGUGUAUGUGUGCUUGGAAAGAAGCAUUUUUUUAUUGUUCUAUUACUGUGCUGUAGAUUUACACGAACGAGCGUGCACGCAUGCACACACUCACACACCAUGUCAGAUUUGAGCAUCUAGUGUGUCUGCUUUCUCUCUCCAGUAUUUUAGUAUUCUAAUCCAUCAUUGGCCUGACAUGGGGAUGCUGUCUCUCUCCUUUCUCUCUCUGUCUGUGUCACUCUCUCUCUCUGCCACUGCACAUACACGGCAUCCAAACGGAAGAUAAAGACAGAGCAGGGGGAAAAACAAACUCCACAGCAGGGAGAGCUUUAUCCAGAGAGAUAAAGUGUUGGAAUAAAGCGGCGACAAAGAGAUAUAGAGGAAGUGGCAAAGAUGGAAAAAGGGGGUAAAAAAAGAGUAAAGAGCAGAAGUAGAAAAAGAGGAGGAAGGGGGUAGAAAUGGAAGUGGGAGAGAGCCGAAGAUAGAGACAGAGAGACGUGUGUGUGUGUGUGUGUGUGUGUGUGUGUGUUGCAGUGUGUCGCGGCUGAAGUCCUCCCUGCUCCAUUUCACACUCUGUAGGUCCUGACGCAUCGGCGCUCAAAGACACACAUACACUCACACAGUCACACACACACACACACACACACACACACACACACACACACAGGCUCUGUCCUUUUUUUCAAUUUCUAAUUCACACACACACUUGCUCGCCGCCAUUUCUCAGUCAUGCACGCAGAUAAACAAAGAUGCACAAACACACAGUCACAGUUGCUGAACUGAAAUUCCUGCAGCUUUUGCCCUUGACUUCUCUCUGCUUCCUGGGUCCCUGCUUUCAAUCUAUUACACUGGGUUAUAGAAAUGUUAAAGGAAAAGUCCCCUCUAAAAUAUAAAAA